AUAUACUCCCCUCGCUCCUUUUAUCCCCAUUUCCACGUUCUCUUCGUUUCCACGUUCCCUUCUUGAAAGGAAAAGGAAAAAAAAACAAGAAAAGACUUUGGGAUCUAAUCAGAGAGAGGGAGACGAAGAAUUUGUCUCUCGAGAUGGAGCUCGAGAUGGCGUCUAUGGCGUCGGCGAUCGGGGUGUCCAUCCCCGUGCUCCGCUUCCUCCUCUGCUUUGUGGCCACGAUCCCGGUGAGCUUCUUGUGGCGGCUCGUCCCCGGAACCCUAGCGAAGCAUAUCUACGCCGGCCUCUCCGGGGCGGCUCUCUCCUGCCUAUCCUUCGGUUUCUCCUCCAACCUCCACUUCCUCAUCCCCAUGUCCGCCGGAUACGGCUCCAUGCUCCUGUGCCGCCGCUACUGUGGGAUCCUCACUUUCUUUGUCGGAUUUGGUUACCUCAUAGGCUGUCACGUGUACUAUAUGAGCGGGGAUGCAUGGAAGGAAGGAGGCAUUGAUGCAACCGGAGCUCUAAUGGUCUUAACACUGAAAGUCAUUUCAUGUGCAAUAAACUACAAUGAUGGGCUACUGAGAGAAGAAGGUUUGCGUGAGGCACAAAAGAAAAACCGAUUGAUCCAUUGUCCCUCUAUAAUUGAAUAUUUUGGUUACUGCCUCUGCUGUGGCAGUCACUUUGCAGGACCAGUAUACGAGAUGAAGGAUUAUCUUGACUGGACAGAAAAGAAAGGGAUAUGGGCUCAUUCUGAAGACAGACCAUCACCAUCGCCUUAUGUUGCUACCUUACGUGCUCUAAUUCAAGCUGCCACAUGUAUGGGAAUUUACUUAUAUUUGGUACCACAUUAUCCACUUUCCCGGUUUAAUGAGCCCAUAUAUUAUGAAUGGGGAUUCUGGAAACGGCUGCACUACCAAUACAUGUCUGGCUUUACUGCUCGUUGGAAGUAUUAUUUUAUUUGGUCUAUAUCAGAAGCUUCAGUCAUCAUUUCUGGUCUGGGUUUCAGUGGGUGGUCAGAUUCAUCUCCUCCUAAACCACAGUGGGAACAUGCAAAAAAUGUUGACAUUCUUGGUGUUGAAUUAGCAACCAGUGCGGUGCAGUUGCCGAUUGUGUGGAACAUCCAAGUCAGCACUUGGUUACGCUACUAUGUUUAUGAAAGGCUUAUUCAGAAAGGGAAGAAACCUGGAUUCUUUCAGUUGCUGGCUACGCAGACUGUUAGUGCUGUUUGGCAUGGAUUAUAUCCUGGAUACAUCAUAUUCUUCGUGCAAUCAGCUUUGAUGAUUGCUGGUUCACGAGUUAUAUACAGAUGGCAGCAGGCUGUUUCCCCGAAAAAUGCAAUAUUUAGGAAGAUGCUAACAUUUAUCAAUUUUGCAUAUACGCUGCUUGUUCUGAACUAUUCCUGCAUUGGUUUCCAGGUACUGAGCUUCAAGGAAACACUGGCCUCCUACCAAAGUGUGUAUUUUGUUGGCACCAUUGUUCCCAUUGUGUUUAUACUAAUGGGUUAUAUUAUCAAGCCAGCAAGACCUGUCAGGCCUAAAGUUCAGAAGAGUCAAUAGCGUACCGAAAUGAUGUUUUAUCGUUACUACCGGAAGAAGUGGAAGCAAGAGCUAGUAUGUCUGCCUCUGGGCAUGACUACUCUUUACAAUUAACAGAUAUGGUUUAGGUUGAAGAGAUCUUUUUCAAUUGGCGUUUCUCCCCUACAUCCUCUGAUCCGUGUAAGCUUAUGCUCUUAGCUGAGAAUUCAGGAAUCAAUGUUGAGGUUUCGACAUUUGAUUGCUGUUACUGCAAUGAUUUCCAUGCAUCUGAAAUUCAUAAGUGUCAUUCUUAGAUUUUCAACGCCGUUAGAAGAAUUUGUUCAACCAAAAGAACACUGUCAUCAUGAAGGGAGCUGUUUAUUACAGAACUACUGGUUCUUUUUGUUGGUGCUGCUUUUAUUGUGCAGAGUCCAGUAUUAGGUGAAAUUGCUUCUUGCUCGUGUUAUUGCAGGUGAAUUAACUAGAUGUAUCUAGCCUAAACCAAAAUCUUCGACAUACGUUGCUGCACUUUAUUUAAAAUCAUGCUCCUAUACCCUCUUCCAGACAAUUCUGUCACGCUUCUAUUCAGCAGUUCAUAUCAUUUUCUGACUUGACCUGAGUUUUUUUUCAGUAAAUCUGUAUAUUUUUUUCAUUAUUUUUUUCUUAUUGCUCACAAUGAAAGCACGAAAUUAUUAAUUAUAUCAUUCUGUGGUUCUAGUU